AUGUCGAUCCUGUACGCGCUGGUUGCGCGACAGCUAAACGUGUUAUGUGAGCACACAGAUCAAAAUGGAAAUUUUCCUACGAUUACUCGCGCCGUGCUCAAGAAUCUUCCACAACAGGAUUCCAGCACGUCGUCGCUACCUUCGAAGAGCGUAUUCCCGUACAACGAAUAUAAUUUUUUUUUCCUGCUUGAUGACGGCAUCACGUACAUGUGUAUGGCAGAAGAACGUGUUCAUGCGAACGUUGCAUUUAUGAUGCUGGCAGAUAUGCAGUUGAUGUUUUUGGCUAAGUACAAGCAGCAGGCGAAGACAGCGUUGGCCUACGCCAUGAGCCCUUUCAAUCCGACGCUCGACCACCUCAUGAAGAAGUACGAUAACUUCAAAUUGGAGACGCCAAUGACACAAGUGAGGCAGAAGAUGGAACGCGUGAAGACAUUAAUGAUUGAGAAUGUCAAUCAGUUGAUGGAACGGGGUGAAAAAAUUGAACUCCUGGUCACAAGAACAAAUAAGUUACAGCAAGACGCUAUGAAAUACGAAAAAUCGGCCAUGAAGCUCAAGAAUGCGUUUUGGUGGAUGGAUGUCAAGUAUUGGAUCUAUAUGACCUUGGCCUUAGCUGUGUUAGCGCUUAUCGUAGCUUUAUCGAUUUGCGGGACUGACUUUUCAGGUUGUGCGGCACGGAUUGGGAGUCAAGCUGAAGAUGGUCUUGAUAAGGUUGUCUCUUCAGCCUCCGGAGCAGCAACAAAAGCAGUAGACAGAGCAUCGAUAGGCAUAGCAGGUGGCAACUAA